AGGAACGACGUGUAAAACUUGCGAUAAAAGAACGGAAAAGUCUUCGAAUGCUACGCCUAAAAAAGGUGGAGAGUUUGUAACUUUAAGCAUGAGCUGCAACAAAAUUAAACUAAGACAGUUAGUACUUUCAUACAAUGAACUUACAUUCUGUUGACUGACAAAAGCUAAAGCAAACCACAUUUAUUUCCGAAACCGAAGCUGCAGGGAAAAAACAACUGUCACUGUGACAAAGCUGCGUCAUCUUCACGCUCUUCUCGGCGGGCACCGUCGCGUCUACCAGCAGUUGCGGUUAUUUCAUUGGGCGGGAAAACAAGCUUUCCAACUUCGACAUUUUUGCUGAGCUAUUACUGACCAAGGAAUCUUCGCCGCGGUGCUUUUCGAAGCCUGAGAACACCACACGACCAGACCACAUCCGAAGAAGAUACUUUUUUCCCUUGCGAAUAUUAAGUAAAAGGAUAAUCACACUUACGCCAAUUAAAGGGAUAAUCCAGCAGAGCAGUGAUACAACCUACAGUAUCAGUGUUUAGAUCAAGUUAUGAGUGCUUCUUUUUUACAAAAAAGAAGCUACAAGUUGGAUCAGCAAGGAAAAAUUAAACCGACGAAGACGACGAUGCAUCUGAGCACAGCAGGCGGUGGCGGUUCGUGUGUAGUAGCGCCCGCUCUGGAUGACGAUAGUACCACGACCUUGAACCGCGGUGGCGGUUCGUGUGUAGUAGCGCCCGCUCUGGAUGACGAUAUUACGACUGGAAAUAAUUCUUGUGCAGCAGGAGGAGGAGUAUUACAACUACGAGCAGGACCUUCAGGAACCCUAGUACAAAACAUAACGAUGACGAGCAGCUCCAAGGACUACAUAUUUGCACAGACGGACGCUCUUGGUACAAAUAUUCCUUCGGAAAUAAAGCAAGGCGACUUCUUCCACACCGAGGAUACGAUUGUGCGCGAAAGUAGCCCCCCAUCGAUCCGUGACGGAGAUCUUGAAAAGAAUCCAUCUCCGCUGCACGAGAACCCUUCCACCAAUUCUACAACACCUGAGACGUCGACAACAUCUCAUACUACCGAUUUUGAAACCCAUAAUAUUAAACAACACUUGACGACGAACAAUACAAACCCGACAGCAAAUAAAGUAGCCGACUUCUUGUUUCAAUCAGAAGAAAAUAAAGAAGGAGCUCCUAGUACUGCUACAACUAUCCCCUCUUUUUUCACGAACCUUCGGGACGUAGAUAUUUCGAAGCUGCAGAUAAACAACCCGUUUCGGAGCUUCCGGCUAGACACAGGAGGUGGAGUUGUAGGCGAUGGAGCAACAAUCUCCAGUAAAACGUCCACAGCACCCGCGUCGAGCUCGAGUAGCACUUCCAGUGCAGCAGGUGGAGGAGGAAAUGUAGGAGCUGCCGUGCCUGGGCCAGGUCAGCAACAUCUCUAUUCCAACAUACCGAUGAACAAGCAGAGCAGUCCGAAUUCAAAACCGAACUACCGAAUCACGAACAAACAGCAGGAGCGCUCGGAAUACCACUCUGUUCUUGGUUUAGCAGCCGCGUCUGGAGGUGCUGCACCAGAUAUCACUUCCUCUUCUUCUUCUGCAAGUGAACAAAGAGAAAUAUGUCAGAAUCUAUCAAAAACCUCCUCUUCUAUCGAAGCUAACCCGACGACGACCAGGAGCAAUGUAGCUUCCCCAACAGACACUGAAAAGUCGAAUUUCUCGCAACAGUCGCAGCAAUCGAGCGGGCAAUUGUCCAAUACCUCGAGCACAUCCCAGGGCGGCAGAAGAUCGGGUAGAGGUGGGUGCGUGCCGAGCGGCAGGUGGCGGACCCGGAACAGCAAUGGAAGUACACCGAGCGGCUCACCCGUGCAUGUGGUUGUGCAGCCGGGUGGUGUAGUGGGGAACAAUGCUAGUAGCAGUACUGGUUCUACUAACGUCGGGGCCGCGAAGAUGUUGAACGGCAUCGGUUUUCUUAACAACAAGUCCAGCAGUCCGGCGAGCGGAAAUUCUUCUAAAAACGCGAGUCCGAGUUCAACGCCCGAAAAUGAAAAUCGGAGAAGUCCGAAGGAGGAAAUAUCAAAUAAAGAUCCUGCAGAUGUUGAUAAAAACUGCGUUGCUCCACCAUCUCUGCAGGUAGGAUCUUUCCGCCUGGUGCCUGCUGAGGCAGUUGUCGGGAAAAAUCACGAGGAUGCUAGCGACGAGGCGAGCAAGAGUGGCGCGACUUCUUUUACUACUACAUCAAUUAGCAGCGGUGGCAGUACUACCAGUAGUACCGCAACUGACGCGAAGUGGGAUAUCGACAGCAUCCGAGAAGAAAAUUCACAAUUUAAGAUCGGAAGAUCAGCAGCUUCGUUGGAUAAUCUUCCCGGUGACAGUAUGCAAUACAAAUUUCCUAUACGUGUACAAAAUGCAUGACACAUUUUACCAAGUUGGAGCAUGCCACUUGUCAUGCUGAAUAGGACUGGAAGAAAAGUUUGUCAUGCAGAGACCACAUUUGUACGUGUACGGGAAAUUUACUGUGAUAGACAGCAAAGUGGCGUUUCUGUCUCACGACGACAUGGCCAUGCUGCGGGAAGCCGCGAAGCCGCUGGACAAGGCAGGAUCCGGAACUACUACUGCGGGUGAUAUAAUUACAACGGGGGAAGCAAAUAGUAACGGUGACGGAAAGGAACAGAAAGGUGUGUUUAUUUUUCUUUUCUGACAUCACCAAAAAAAGAAACCUUUGGCUCUCAACAUGUAUCCUUUCUUUCCUUUCAAAGAUGUUGUAUGUUGAGUCGGUCCUUUUCCAGGUGGGAGCCCAUAAGUAUUGAAUCAGGACUUCUUCUUCUAAAUUUGCCCUAUCGAGGACGACCAUUUCCCAACCCAGGUAAAAACAGUCCUGGCACGACACGCGAUCCAGCUGCCGUUCCUUCAUCGCAACAAGGUAGUUGUACGCAGUCGAUUGUAGCGAAGAUCUCCUCUCCACCGUCGGACUUGAGAGGAACAAGUUCCUCUUCAAACUCCCCUCCAGAGAAGAACAGCAUCGAGUUCUACCAAAAGCUCUGCCUGCGGCUUCAGUACCAGUUCGAGCAAGAACAAAAGAGGGCCGACGAAGCAGAACGGAAAGAGCACGACUUGAGAAGCCAGAUUGAUUCAAUGCCGGUGUGGCUCGACGACGCGUACGAGAUGCUCCGCGAGGCGAUAUUUCGUACUACAGAACAUUACUAUGACUAUGUUGCGAUUUUGCAUGCAGCGGUGGAUGCAGAUUAUUGUUUUCUGCUUCAAAAUGUUCGAUCCAGAGUCUACAGAAAGGGUGCAAAAAAUAAACCAUGUGCAUCAGAAGUUUUAUUAGCCUCACAACAAUGAGGGAUCUUCUUCACAUCUCAUCAAACCAGGUUUCGAAUCCCUCAAGCCUCCGGUCGCCCGUUUCAAGCAAGAUCCAUCGGAGCAGACGUCGCUUCCUUUCUACGGCUUCCCGCAAUUCGUCGAGCACGAGUUUUUCAUGGUGGGCCAGAAAGUCAUGCUCACGCAGGGGCGGUUAGGGUGCAAAACGUUGAGUGAAGGUAUGGUAGAUUUCCUGGUGUAGGACGAGUUAUGUGGCUUGUUUAAUAAUGAUCGUACGCGAGCGCGAAAGUUUAAUAUUCGCGUUUCAUGAUCAGCAUGACAACACCGCACUCACAUGCACUACACCGCAUGACAACUUCUACAACUAAACCUCUCAUGACCUUCAGGCGUCGACGCUGCACCAGUGAAGGACCUCCUCGAUCACGUGCGGCACUUAUGACAGUGCACAACUCCCGCUCCCCCUCAUUUGUAUAGCAUGCACGGCAAUACAAGCAUCAGCAAGAAUGCCGGUUUUGCAUGACAAAUUUGCGCUGGAGUGUAGUGCUAUUUGGGCUACCAGAACUUGUCACGCAAACCGUGCCAAGAGGCAAGCGGUGGGGUUGGUAUUUUGCAUGAGAAAUGAGGGGGGAAGUUGUGCACUGUCAUAACACUUGGAAGAACUCGCCGAGAAUUAUGGUCGCACCCAAGCGCAAACAUUGGAGCGGAACAAAGAGAGUAUGCAUUGCAAAAGUAUCGUACUAGUAGAAAUAGCAUGACAAAUUGGCUCAGCAUGGCAAAUUGAAUUUGUAAUGCGGAUUUACCUUAGCGCCUAGAUAGAUUUGUGAUGCAUAACAGUACGAUACUGUUGCAAUUCAUAGAGAGACAAAGACAGCAGAGCGAGGACAUCAAUAAAGCCGCAGGAAUAGGUGGAAAUAAAGACCAGCAUCAGUUCUCCUUCGCCAGCGCAUCCCAACCCGAGGAUUUUUUCCCCUUCAGAACCAUCCCCGCGUUUCCCUACCUGGAAUACUACCACACGGAUCGGGUGGAGGAGCUGCAGCACGCCUUCGAGCACAAGAAGAUCCACCGUUGUAUCGGCCCGGGGCACAGGAGCAUGUACGAGGAGAGUUGUAGAAGAACCAACGAUAUGAAUUACAAAAGUAUCGUACUCGUAUAAAUGCAUUACAUAAGAAAUAAAAUUUGUAAUGCGGAUUUACUUUAAGAAAAAGACUUGUAUUGCAUGACUGCGAAGAUUACUACGACUACGAUACUUUUGCCCAGGAUAAAUUCAUCAUCCGAAACCGGGCCAGGGAACAAUUCCAAUUCCUUUUCAACAACAUCAUCAUCAACCCAACAGCAACAAACAAGUUCCUCCUCUUCCCAAUGUCCGUUUCACGCCCGAGUCAUCCCGAUUCUUCGGUCCGGGUUGCCUGUAUCAACCGCGAAUUUGUCUGGGUCGGGAAGAAUGUAAGGUUUGUCAUGCUUGGCAGACAGGAGAGAAAGAGCUGUAUUGCGUGAUGCCCUACAACAGUUACACUGCUUCUUUUGUGUCAUGCAAAAAUGCAGGUUGUCAUGCGGUUGAUGCAAGACGUAGUCCUCGCUCAGAAACUUGUCAUGCGUGGCCCCGUAAUGAAGGUUGCCUACCAUUCGCACAUUAACAUCACAAGUCCCAAACCCAGACAUAUUUUUUGCAAUGCAUAGGUCGCGACGCGCUGCAACCGCUGCCAGGCCAGUUGGAAGGAAAUGUUUCAGAUCAAACGGGCGAGAGGCUUUAUCAAAUGCAAAAAUGUCUGGGUCUGGAAGGUGGCAACUUGUCCUGGUAAACCUGAAUCAUGUCAAAAUCUGUGUUGCGUGAUUCCUAAAAGCUGUCCACUUUAUUUGACCAAGUUAGGAUGGAGGUUCUCAUGCAGGAUAGGCAUGGCAGAGACCUCGCAGAGUCUGUCAUGCUACGUCCCGCAUUCCAGACCUCAUGGGUCAUGGAAAAUCUGCAUGAGAAGUUUACACUUUUCCAGACCCAGACAUUUUUGCACUUGAUAGGCUUACCAGUGAAGCAAAUCAUCGUGUCUUGCGAGGACAAGCCGGAGAAUUUUUCCUUCCGGAUAGGAAGAGUGAGAUCGGCGAGCGAGGAGCGGGAGACCACUUCUAUGCAGGACGAGCAGGGGAUGAACAUCAAAACAAAAAUGAUGUCGGAACAACAUCAAGGUGGUGUGAACGAUGGAUCAUAUGAUGUGCAUGCGAUACUGAACGUGGAUCGAAUCUCCGGUCGCGAGUCGCUUUGCAGUGACUUGAGCGUCGAGUAUGAGGAGGUGCCGUGCGGCGGUCAGGAGGAUUGGCGCUCCGCUCUGCCGGAUCCAAGACGCGAGAGCGUUGCAAGCGAGGAGGAACUAACCGCAUCAACGGAAGUUAGUUGUACGACGACCAUAUCACCGCGGGCAGCAGCAGUAGCAGCAGCUCCGAGUGCUGAAAGUGUCGUGUUGCUGUCACCAACCGGCGCUUGUUUCUCGUCCAAGGAGUUUGACGGAGAGGAGGAGAUGAAUGCGGAUGAGAAGUUCUGUGUGCAGGAACAACCACGUGGAUCUCGUGAAUCUUCCCAUUCAAUAAGAACUUCGGAGGACGAGGAGCAGAAUUGUCCGGGGGGCACGACAGUGGCUUCUUCUGAAGAAAUUACCUCUACGUCUACCCCCGUCCAUCAGCCGGUGACUUCUGUGAUGGUGUGAAGAUGCUGUGAAAUGAUUCGGCGAAAGAACGAAAUUUGUGUUUGCUACACCGAUAAGAUGAGUAUCGUACUUCAUCUUCAGCAGGGGAAAGCGGUUUUUGGUCGCGCUACUUAUUCGACAGAUGACAUUAGUACGUAGUGACUUCUCGCUUAAUAUUCCACCUUGAAACCUCACCCAAUUCCUUUUACAAGACGGGAGCAUCAUCAGAUACUGUUUGCUUCCACAAUUUUUUUUCUCUUUCGGCGUCGCACAGAUACUUACUCUCGACUAGUUUCUGUGUUUUGGCACCUGAUAUAAUUUUUUCGGGCUUCCGGUUCCCGCGUCCAAAGGAUUUGUUUCUUUGGCGAGACGACGUGCUAGCUUUUCUCGAGAAGAAGCAACAAACUUCGUGGCGACACCAGCGAGAGCUGAGUAAAUACUAGGUGUACGUAGCUUCAAGUGCAACAGCGGCAAACGUCACCUACAUUGUCCCGAACCCGAUUUUCGUUUUAUGUAGAAUCUGUACCCACUAGUUUUUACCCUUUUAUUUCCAAAGGCUUUAUUGGUCCAGAAUUUUUUUUCGUCUCUUACUCUUUGCUACUGGUCUUGUUUUUCUUCAGAGACGAUAGAAUUACGCUCUGCGCCUUGCCGUGAUAGAUUGAUUUUCCCCAUACGAUCUGGGCCUGAUUUUACGUAGCCGAUCUCGACGAGGACGCCUCUGUGGAGGUGGUGUGCGACCCUAAUUAGUGACUGACCGGUGGUAUUUACUCUGUUAUUGGACUUUAUGAUCUCACUCGUUGCGGACGAAAAGUGUUGUAGCUUCACUUUUUUAGCUUGAAUGUAUGAAGAAUUUCAUGAAGAUAACUUACGAGAAUAUCGACAGUAAGUACAGCAUUUGCAUUGCAUGCAUGAGUCGGCAAAAACCAUGCGCUGCGUCAUGUUGCACUGAAAGAUACACCUCUAAUAUGGCAACGAAGUCGUCUACCGAUUGAAGAUUCUAUUUCCCGAGCUACUUUAUGAAGUUUUUGUAUAUGAAUCUACUGCAAGGUCAGAAUCAAUAGAACCUCUGUCCGUUUCAAUACGGUCUACCCUGGGCUUGGACGAAAAGAACUCCAACUCUGCCAGCAGUGUUGUCGGAAGAUAAGUUUGUGCUCAAUAUUUGUUGCAGGUCUGCGCUGCGCUGACCAAGACCAAAGGGAU